AUGUCUCCCAAAAACUCCUCUUCCGCGUCCACCAAUAUCGCUCGCAAGCGCGUCGACAAAGCUUGUAAUCGCUGUCGCUCGAAAAAAACUAAGUGUGAUAGUGGUAAGCCGUGUUGUCGAUGUCGCGCCGAUAAUGCCAUCUGCAUUUUAAGCGAGCGCAAGAAAGCCCAUGACAAAGUGUACCCUAAGGGCUACGUCAAAAUGCUCGAGCAACAACACAUCUGGCUGGUCGCUGGUUUGCAGCAACUCUAUCGCCGCGCCCUCAACGGCCAGGGGUGGCCCAGCGGCCUGCUGAGAUGCCAAGCCAACGGCCACCCGCUGACCCACGACCUCCUCACCUGCCUCGGUGUCCUAGACCAUUCCAAAGGCGAAGGCUUCGAGGUGGACGCCCUUGUGAUGUAUCAUAAACUGUCCUGCCGCUUCGUCAACCCUUUGGCUCAGCAGAUGACCGUGCCACAGUCGAAACAUAGCCCCGGUACCAGCGUCAGGUCGCAGUCAGGCUUGUCGACAUUGUUCGGUGGUCCUCAGCUCACUAUGACUGGUGUAGUGAAUCCAGUGGUGCUGCAGGAGCCGCUAUCACCAUGGCAACAGUGGUCUGACAGUGAGUACUGCAGGCUUGAGCAGAUCGAGGUGAUGGGGCUGUCGGAUUUUGAGAAUGUCUUAUCUGAGGACGAAGCUGUCAGUGAUGAGUGUGCCGUUCACGGCCACUCAGCUGCACACCAUAUACAGUUUUUUGAAUAUUAG